AUGAAGACGACAAACCUUGGGUAUCACCCAACGCCCCUGACCCCCCAAUACCUUGUCGGAAUUGUUUGGAAUAAGAUCAUCCAAGGACUUCAGGAUGCGCAAAUUCCAACUCAGGACUUGUCGAAGCAACUUUUGGCUUUUGCGCUUCCGCGGCACGCUUCACAGUCAUGGGAAAUCCUCGUCAACCAACCUUUGUUCCUUCCGGACGAUGAUAUGGUCGCGAUCCUGAAUCUCCGUCGAUCCACUCCUGCCACUCCGCCACCUGCUCAGGGCAAUACGUUAUUCUACAUCCGUUCGUUCUGCCUCAGUAUUGGACAACUCAUACAGAUGAUCGCCAAUAGGGAAACUGAAGGGAAGUUUGAGGAUGAAUCCCUGGCCUGGAAGAUUGCCACGGAAUUAGCCCAAGAUGAAGACCAGCCAGUUUGGAUUCGAUAUGUUGGCCUUUCCAGCAGUGAGUCAGGCUGGGGCCGUCACGAAGCAGAUAUCUACAACAGGAGCGCCGGUAUCUUUGGCGCCUUCGUGAAAGCCCGCUACUCCAUAAGCGCCAGUAUCGUUGAGAAUUGCGCAGUCUUUGAAUUUCCAUUGGCCCAGACUCAAGCAUUUCGCAAACCCGACGGCACUAUC